AUGGUGCAGUGUGAUAAGUGCCACAACUGGAAUCAUUUUGAGUGCGCAGGAGUGUCAGAGGAUGUCGAGAACCGUUCUUGGUACUGCCACGCUUGUAUACCGAAUAAUCCUGCUUCUGCGAAAUCAAAAAGUAACGUUCGGAUUAAUAGCAAACAAACGGAAUGUGCUGGAGACUACCCUAACGGAGAACCGACUAAUUUGGAAUCUACGGCAAAUUCAUCGUCGUCUGUCAACUCGUACAGCACGCCACAGCGUUGCCAUAAACAACCGCCUAAUAUAUCGGAGGAAGUCGAAUUGCAGCUCCGUUUGUUGGAAGAACGAAAAGCUUUGGAAACCAAGUACUUGGAGCAACGAUUCGAAAUUCUCAUGAGGGCUGCCAGAAGUUCUUCUAUGCCAACUGAAGAACCCUCAUCACUAGGUAUUCCAAAUCAUCAUUCGUCACCAGUUGAACAACCGCAUUAUCCGCUCGAACAACCGCAUCAUCCGGUCGAACAAUCGCACCACCCAAUGCCUGGAUCAAUGGCUGGUUUCGAUCCCAUGUUACUGAAUCGCAGCCAAGUAACAGCUCGUCUAGCUGUUUCAAAGGAGUUACCCUCGUUUAGUGGUGAUCCGGAAGAAUGGCCGCUUUUUUUGGCUACUUUCGAAAGUUCGACAAAAAUGUGCGGUUAUACAGCGGAGGAAAAUAUUCUGCGUUUACAACGUUGCCUUGGAGGGAAGGCUAAAGACUCUGUACGAAGCCAAUUACUACAUCCUUCAAAUGUGGACAGUGUGAUUGCAACUCUGAAAAUGCUCUAUGGACGUCCAGAGUACAUCAUCAACACUCUGAUUCAAAAGGUACGGUCUUUACCGGCACCGAAAGAGGAUAAGCUUGAAAGUCUUGUUGACUUUUCGAUUGCAGUUCGUAAUUUGGUAGCUACAGUGAAGGCCUGCAAAUUGGAUGAUCACCUUUACCAUGUAUCUUUGCGGCAAGAAUUGGUAGAGCGUUUGCCAUUUAUGAUAAAAUUAACCUGGGGUGUUCAUAUACAAAAUAUCGAACGAGUUACACUCGAUGAUUUCAGUGAUUGGUUGUAUAGUUUGGCACAGGCAGCCAGCGCCGUAAACGUUAAACCUCACCCGACUAUUUCUGAACCUAAACGAAAGGGACGCAAAGAAGACGGUUUUCUAUAUGCUCAUCGGGAACCAUUUCCAACACCAGAACCACAGGUGUUAACAUCCAAGAAUGACGGUUGUGUAAUCUGUCAGCAAAACUGCGGAGCUGUAGAAAAAUGCUCAGUAUUUACACAAAUGAAUGUAUCAUCUCGUUGGGCAGCCCAGAGAAAUUUGAGUUUGUGCAGGCGUUGUUUAAAGAUACACGGUGCUUAUUGUAGACGUAACGUGUGUUGCGGCGUGAAUGGUUGUACUCGCAAACACCACCCACUGCCGCACAAUGACACUUCUUCUAAACCACAACUUGUCGCUCCCAAUCCCGAACCACAGCCUGUCGCUCCCAAUUCCGAACCACAACCUGGAACAUCAAGCAGCCAUGUCGUAGAGAUGAACCUCAACACACAUCGCAGUACAUAUCAGCAAAUUUUGUUCCGCUACGUUCCUGUGGUUCUAUAUAACAAUGACAUCGAAAUCCAUACCCAUGCUUUCUUAGAUGAUGGAUCGUCGUUAACGCUUCUCGAAGAAGACUUAGCUGAAGAACUCCAGUUGGAAGGGAUCUCCAGCCCGUUAUGCCUUCACUGGACAGCUGAUACUUAUCGAUACGAAGAUGCUUCUCGAUUGGUUUCGGUACAAAUCUCCAGUGUUUUGAAUCCGGCAAAUAAAAUCAGGUUGUCUGAAGUCCACACAGUGAAGCAGUUGAAACUCCCACCACAAUCACUCGAUUUUAAUGAAAUGACUAAGCAGUAUCACCACUUGCAAGGUCUUCCAAUCAAUUCCUACCAUAAUGCCCGUCCGAGGAUCCUGAUUGGUAUAAACAACGUCAGAGUUACACAUUCUCUCGACAGUAGAGAAGGUAAGAUCGACCAACCAGUAGCAGCAAAGACACGGCUGGGUUGGGUUCUCUUCGGCAGAAAUUCUGGUUCCCCACAAACAGCAAACGAUAUGUUCCAAUCUAACUUUCACGUCGGCACCCAAUCUGAAAAUAAUGAUUGUGAUCUCCAUAACUUCGUUAAGUAUUUUUUUACUCUCGAGAGCUUGGGAAUAGCUAAAUCAGAGCAACUGCCUAUGUCCAAAGAAGAAGAACGAGCGUUCGAAAUGAUGCGUUCCCAGAUAACGUUUCGUGAUGGGCGAUAUGAAAUGGGACUGCUUUGGAAAUACGAAGACGUGCGUACGCCAGAUACUAAGUACACAGCCAUGAAACGCUUUCACUGUUUGGAAAGAAGGAUGAGGCGUGACCCACUACUAGCAGAAGCUCUUAGAACGAUGAUUAAAGACUAUGUCAAAAAAGGAUAUGCCCGCAAGCUGACUGAAGCUGAAGCUAAUAUUCCCCGAAAACGUAAAUGGUACCUCCCAAUGUUUCCUGUAUUCAACCCAAACAAGCCCGGCAAACUCCGCAUCGUGUGGGAUGCCGCCGCAGCUACAAACGGUAUUUCGCUUAAUUCUCUCCUCUUGAAAGGACCCGAUCAAUUAACGGAAUUACCAGCUGUGUUGUACAAAUUUCGCGAGCACCUGGUGGCCAUCGGAGGAGACAUUCGCGAGAUGUUUCACCAGGUGCUCAUCAAGGAGGACGAUCAACACUGCCAACGAUUCUUAUGGCGCGAACACGAGCACCAAGAAAACCCGGAUGUAUACGUUCUUUGCGUGAUGUCAUUUGGAGCUACAUGUUCUCCCAGCUGUGCGAUUUUCGUAAAAAACGAAAAUGCCGAUCGCUUUCGCACACACUAUCCAGCAGCUGUUGACGCAAUCAAAGGUCAUUAUGUCGAUGAUAUGCUCUUGUCCGUAGAAACGGAAGAAGAAGCUAUAAAAAUAGCUAAAGAAGUCCACUUUAUACAUUCAAGUGGUGGCUUUGAGAUGCGGAACUGGAUUUCAAAUUCAUCCAGUGUACUCGCAGCUUUGGGAGCAAAACCCGUGUUAGAAAAAAAUCUCGAUAUCGCUACUGAGGUAGCUAACGAAAAAGUUCUCGGAAUGUGGUGCUAUCGACUCAAAACAUCUAUCAGCUCUAGCAACAUAGUUCAGCUUCACACGUUCGUGGACGCCAGCGAGAAUGGCAUUGCUGCCGUUUGCUAUUUUCGAUUCGACGAGCACGGAGUAGUAGAAACCUCGUUAGUUACAGCAAAAAGUCGCGUAGCGCCGUUGAAAUUUGUUUCCAUCCCUCGUUUGGAAUUGCAAGCUGCUGUUGUUGGAUGUCGUUUGGCUAAAUGCGUCGAGAAAGGUCACACUUACAAAAUUUCGAAACGGUAUUUCUGGACAGAUGCCCGCGACGUACUUUUCUGGUUACGAUCUGAUCAUCGUCGCUACUCCGCAUUUGUUGCGAAUCGUGUCAGUGAGUUGCUGGAAGAAACUGACCUCAACGAAUGGAAAUGGGUGCCAACCAAGCUGAAUGUCGCUGAUGAAGCUACCAAAUGGAAGUGCGCACCAAGUUUCGAUGGAACCAGUCCUCCUACAACGAUGGGUGGGAAAUACUUCCCUCAAGGUAUUCCGAUUGGGAAAAGUGGUUACGUGUCACAGCAUAUGUACAGCGGUAUCCUGAAAACAUUAGGAAGUAUAAAUCUGUAUAACUGGUCCAGCCACUGGUGA